AUGGCGGGAUUUAGAGAUCGUGAAAAGAAGCAUUUCCCGUUAACCAGUACUUCCUCGGUGGUAGCACUCUUCAGGGAUCAACUUGAAGGACCCAAUGAACCGAAUCUAGCUUUCCUGUCAAUUACGUUAGGUUGUGUUGAAAAUGCAUUGACUUUAAACAGAGCAGCGCCAGCAGCUGAGGAUUCGGCGUUGCUGCAACCGAUCUUUCCAGUCGUGGACUUGAAUAUGAUCGAGACUUUGUACAGAAAAUUUGAGACUUUGGUGAAGGGAUCAGUAGAUCUGACAAAAUAUCCUUGUAAAUAUUCGAACAGAGACUUGGUCAAAAAAAUCUCUGACGUUAUUUGGGCUUCGCUAUCUAGGAGCUUUAAAGACAAGGCACACUUACAGUCGUUGUAUAGUCUACUAACGGGAAAUAAGCUAGAUUGCUUUGGUGUGGCAUUCGGAGUUGUGGCAGCUGCACAGAUGCUUGGUUGCAAUGACAUUCACCUGGCUCUAUCAGAAGACCACGCUUGGGUGGUUUUCGGUGAAGAUGGAACAGACACGGCAGAGGUUACCUGGCAUGGUAAAGGCAAUGAGGAUAAGAGGGGACAGUCAAUUGCUCUGAGUGUGGCAGAGAAGUCAUGGUUGUAUUUGAACGGACAUCCUGUGAUCUGUGAUCGUGCAAUGGAGGUGGCAGCACUCGUGUCUGCAGCCAAUCCAUCCAUUAAUGUGACUAUGGACAGCAUUGAAAUGGGAGCACUGCAGCAGGAACUUUUGUGGUUAUUAUAUGACAAAGAUCAUUUAUCCAGGUACCCAAUGGCUUUAGGAAAUCUGGGUGACCUGGAAGAAAUCUCUCCUACUCCGGGUCGCCCUCCACCCAUGGCCAUUUUUAACGAAGCCAUAUCUUCAGCUGUGAAACAUUACGACAAACAUCAUGUGUAUCCAUAUACAUAUAUGGGCGGAUACUUAUACCGUAAGCGUCGCUACAAGGAAGCUAUCAAGUGUUGGGCGGAAGCAGCCAAUGUUAUUAGAAAGUUCAACUAUACCAGAGAAGAUGAGGAAAUCUAUAAAGAGUUUCUAGAAAUUGCUAAUGAACUUAUUCCAAAUAUUGUGAAGUCAGUGUCGGUGCAGACGUUAGAUCGUAGCCAGAUGAACAUCUUGUACAAUCCUGAGGUAUAUGCAGACAUUCUUCGUUUCUUUGAUGGAAUUUGUGAAUGGGAAGAAGGCAGCUCUACACCCGUGUUACACGUGGGGUGGGCUCAAAACUUGACUUUUUCUCUUAAUAAAUUUGACCCACGAACUCGAGCUAAAAUUGAUGUUGGAAGAGAUGAAGAUGACAGUGAUAGUGAUGAUGAAGAUGAUGAUGAUGAGAAAAGUGAAAAUGAUGAAAAUGACAAUGAAAACAAUAGUAGGUUUAAAGAUGAAAGUGAUUCAAAGGUUGAAAGCGAGUGCAAGUUUGUUAAAACCCAGGAUGUGAGUGAUCCGUUGCAAGCUGUUGUAGAAGAAUUGAAAAAAGAAAACCUGCAGUUAUCUCCUCCUCGGUCUCAUGUUGUGGGUCAGCAUGUGACUGCUAGAGGUCGCAAAGGUCAGCGGAGAAGAAGCUCCAAUGCUGCAAAAGACGGCAGUUCCAACACAGGAUGGGGAGAACCGGGGAAAAGGCUUAAUGGCGACGAACAUGUGAAAUCUCAGCAGAAGAUCAAAUCUACUAUAGAGGAGCUGGCUUGCAAGGUUGGACAGCAGGAGAGCGGCCAGGACACAGUUCCAAACCCCAACAUCACUGCCCUGGCGCAGCAGUGCAGUCUGAACAUUCUCAAUAAGGAGUAUCUUCUCGGAGCCGGUGAGCCCUUUUCUUCAUCGUCAGCCUCCAUCUCGUCUACUGUGUCUUCUGAUGAGGCUUUUUCAUCUACGCCCAUCCCCAUGGCUCAUUACGCUGGUUCAGACUCUAAGCUUGAUGUCGAUGAGUUUUUGAGUUCCAAAUCCAACGGGACAGCGUUUAUUGGCCUCACCAUGGACUCCAUGUUGAAAGCUGAAAGUCCCGCAGAUAUGAUGUUGACAAUUAAACGUUCAGAUGAUGCUACAUGCUCCUUACCCGUACCAUCAUCAUCCCCGUCUCCAACAUCCGAGUUGCUGGCAGCUUUUGAUCCGGUCCAGAUAGAAUUUCGCAGUGAGAAAAUGAAAGGCUUAAAAAAAAUAUUUAAAUCGACCAAGCUGAACGCCAGUGCAAUUAAACUUCAGCUCACAGCUCAGUCUCAGGUUCAUGUUAAAGACUCCAGAUUUUUGGAAUUCUGCGAACCAAUGGGAUCAGCUCGGAAACGGCCUAGAAGAGAAAUAAUCUAG